AGUCUAGGAAGUAUGCAAAUGUGCAGCCACAGCAAGUCAGUGGGGAGGCACUGGAGUUGCUGAGUCCUUGGAGGCAGGCUUAGAGGUAAGUUUGAGAAGACACUGGCUGGUUAGGCAAGCAUUGCUCAGAAGUGAGCUGGACUCCGGCUGGACUGUCACUUCUUUAGAUCAUCUGAUACCAGGCUGUGAUGUUUAACAGCUUCAGAGAAAUCAAGCCAUCGAGAUUUCUUUUUCUGUAGUAAAACAAGCCCUAGCAAGUCAGACUAGGAAUCUACCACCUGAACUUUGUGCAACAUGAGUUUUACUGGCAGAACCAGAUCUGAGUGUUUCUUCAACUUUCAAGGAGCGUGUUUACACUGAUUUUAUUUUCAACACAGCUUCAAGUAGAAAGAGGGAAAUUGUUCUCAACAGUAAGGCAGCAGAUAGGAGAUGGAUUCAUCACUCCAGCUGGGAAAUGAGAACUUGAGUGAAGAAGUAAAAAGACGAGUUCCCGGCCCACUUACACAGUUCCAGAGAAAUUUCAUCCAGACAGUGACGCUGCUACGAAAGCUGCCCACGAGGGUCCUUCACUGCAAAAAGCCCCGUGCAGCUGUUGCAUUUCUCAGGCUUGACCGAGAGGCCAUGAAAUCCCUCACAGAGGAGGACACAGAUGAUUUCCUGCUAAGCAAGGUGGAUUUGAGGCGCCAGUGGAUUUCCCAGACUGUGGAUGAGGUACAAGAAAUUAUCCACCAGCUGACCACAGAAAUCAGCCAUCAAGACUUACGAUUUCAGGCUGUGCCUUAUUCUGACACAUACAAUGGGAACAUAAAGGUUUUGAGCCCUACUCAGUUCCUCGUCACAGUGCCAGUGAGAGGCCUGGCUGGCUUUAGAGAAGCCAAGGAGCAGCACUGGCGGUACUACAACCUGAAGGGCUCCCGGCUCUCUUACCCCCUGCGGGCCCCCGAGGGCCUGCAGCAGUGGCUGCAGGUGGAGCAGUUCAUGAAGAACAUCUGGCAGUGGCACGAGGCUGAUGUGAACAUUGAGGGGGACAUUGUGCCAGCCAAAGUCCUUCAGGUAUUCCGGCAACUGGUGGAAAAAGCGAUUGCAACCUGCCGCCUCUCAGGUAAAGUGUGCAUGCUGACAAACAGCCCUGCAGUCUGGGUUGCUGUGGAAACAUCAGUCUGUAAAGUGGAAAUUGAGCUGGCCCCCACAGUGGAGAUUCCUACUCUCUGGCCUGAGAAAGCCCGGUGGCCACGAUGCACAAAGUGCUGGCCUUCCCCAGGGAAAGUGGAGUGCAUCAAGUCCUUUGGGUUCAGCCUGUUGGCCCGUUCAAACUAUCACUGGCAGCUGAGCUUCUCCCAGGCCGAGCAGGUGCUGCUGGAGCAGUUGGAUGAGGAUGGCGGCUGCCGUAGACAGUGCUUUCAGGCAGUGAGGCAGCUGUUGGAGGAUGUCUGGUGUCCCGGGAAGAGGCCGGUUAUCACCUCCCACCAUCUGCAGAUGGUGCUCUUCUGGACUUGUGAGAAGUACCCCCAGCUGAAAGACUGGCAAGAUUUUGAGAAUGCCUUCCCGCGCCUGGUGCGAAAGCUGCACAAGUGUGUGAGCCAGCAUUUCCUCAAGCACUACUUCGUACCCAAGAGCAACUUGCUUCAGUCCACCAACUCCAGCGAACUGGACUCCCUUGCCCAAAAACUGGCCUUCUUCCUCAAGAACCCCCAGGUCAGCCUGCCCUGAGGCUGACCCUGCCUGCGUGUCCUGACCAUUUCAUUCUGACUUGGCCUUGUUUUCUUGGGAUGGGCCCUCUACCAGGUGCCCAGUGACCUAUCCAUGAGAGGAACAGCACAUGGCAGAAGGGAUCACCACAGUCUGCUGGCACUGCACAAUGGGAAAGCUGUCCCAAGCAUCGGAACCAGCUUGCACAAAAGCCAAGCUAGCAUUCCGUCCUCACUACCAACCCUGUGCACAGUGCUCAUCAAGCUUCCCACACCACUGACAGCAGUUUAGCUGCCCUACACAGGCUCUGACAUCUGUUGAGAAAAUGGACACAGAGUCCCUGGGAGGCCAGAAAGUGGUGUGCUUUCCAGGAAUGUUCUCUGACUGGCUGUGCACAGGUUCUUUUUGUAAAGUGGAGGUGUUAAUGUGCAGAGCAGGAUGGGAGCUUCCUACACUGUACAGGGGCCUCUGUAAAGAAAGACAUCAUACAACAGGAAGCCUACUAGCUGGCCUACUGGCUGGUGCUUACAGCUACUGGACAAGGGUUAUGCAUAUAUGAGGUGGUAGCAGCUGAUGAUCUGCAUGCUGGUGCCGCCUCUGCUGCCCUCCGACUCUCCUGAGCAGAGGCUUUGUGGUUCAGUGUUGUGCUCCUCCACUGCUCUUUCAGUAUGGAGGGAGUUAUCUUGAUGGCUGUGUAAGUCCACAGUGAAAGUGCAGCUCUGGCCUCUCUUUGUUUCCAAGCUGUGAGUCGCAAAUAAGACUUCCUUCUGUCUAUGGAAAGGGAUUCAUAUUGUGAACUGCAUGGAUUGCCUUUGGUGUCAUUCACCUCUCGAUACAUUUCUGCAGUUACUCUUUCCCUCAUUCAUUGAUAAAUAAAUAUGUCUAGGCAUUAGGCCCUGGGAAUACA